UAUGGCGUCUUUUGUGUUGUGAGAUGACAACAUCGCAGUUUGUGUCCUAUUUGUCAUUAACUCUUGUUAAAUUCAACAUUUUAGAUCUACCUCAUAAGUUCAAAGAGAAUCAGAUUGUUUUAAUGCAAAUUAUAGAAACGUGAUAAACUAAUAUGUCGCUUGAUUACGCAUUUGGGUGCAUCUCUGAGAAAAGUACUUAGCUCCUGUAAAAAUGGCGGGUGUGUUAUCUUUAUGGGUUGUGUUUUCAUUUCAUUUGGUGAAAGUCAAGUAAUGAUCUAAAAGUGAUAUCCUUGGAUUUUUAAAGUGUUUCGAAUCCUAAAUCUAGUGUUUGGAAACGGCAUGUGUUUCGCGAUUUGACAUUUGCCUCGACGAUUGAUUAGACGGGGUCGGUGCAGGUGUCACCGUUUUUGAUGAAAUUAUCAGCAUGUCGCGCUGGGGCAGAGGCCGAGGCGGUAGCGUGGCCGUACCGCUGGAUAGUGCUCUCUUUAGAGAAAAUAGCAACUGCCCAACUGCAGCCCGCUCGGCGGGUACAGUGGGUAAAUGGGGAAUCACUAGCUUCACGUCGAUUAGAAGCGCACCUUACGCAUAUGCAAACAAUAUUCUUAAAAAACCUGUGCAAGAUCAAAACAGUCCACUGACAGUGCCUGCAGUUGAAACUGAGCAACCACCACCAAAGCCUAAGAAAUUCUUCAAAUCUCGCAAUGCUGAGGUUUACCCACCAGUUCCACAAAUUACUUAUGCUCCUCCAGUACCUGCUGCCCCACUGUCACCUGAACAUCCCUCACAUAGUAAAGAAAAGAAGACAACUAAACGAAGCAGGGCUUAUACCAGAGAUUCAUCUUCUCCAGAAUUACCCCGUCGUAACUCUGAGAAAUCCAAAUCUAAAAAGGGUACUGUUGCCACAAAAGCUUCUAGAAAAGAAGAUGCACCUGCUGAAAAUACUCAACCACCAAAUAAACGUUACCUGGUUCGCAAUCGUGAUAAAGUGAUAAAUUAUGCUGAAGAUGGAAGUAACAGCCCCAUACCAGAGUUCACUCGAUAUGAAUCAUCACAAUCAAAACUUGCUUCAUCUAAAAUACCAUCACCCAAAACCAGUCCAUUAGUAUCUAGUCCAUCUGUCAUUAAACCAGAUGUUACAAGUCCAUCAACAAGUAAGGAAACUAAUGAAGAACGCAAACCUCCUCCAAUUGUGCUCAGGAUAUCUAAAGGAACAUCCAGAAUUGUCAGCACAGAUUCAAACGAAGGCUUUACGUCUCCUAGUUCUGAUAGACAUUCAUCUCUAGAUACACAUUCAGAUGUUGGAUCUGAUCAUAAAAAGAGCCCUUCUAUGGAAACAAUAUGCUCUCCAAAGCAUGAAGGUCUGAAAAUCACAAUAAAAUGUGGAGGUCUAACUCAAGAAACCAAAAAAGAAAAGAAGAAAGAUAAAAAAGAUCACAAAUCUCAUAAACGUCAUCACAAGAACUCAGAUGAUGAACCAUUAAAGAAAUUGAGUUCACCACAACCUGGGACCGAUGCUUAUGAUCUUUACAAGACUCUAGCAUCUCCUUCGCAUGAAACUGAAAAAGAAAUUAAAAAUAAGAUGUCACCUAGGGACGAUAUUGAGUCCCAGCUGGCUAAAUUGGAUUCUGGAUCUGUAAUUAAAUCCCCUAGAUUAGAAGUUCAACCAAAUGAGUUACCUCCUGAACCUAAACCCCCAGAGAGUGGUACCUCUGGAAGAUCGAGAAGAAACAGACCUAACAUAAAUUAUAGUGAGAAUGAUGAUUAUUUGGAUGUUCUUACAGCUGGUUAUCCAAAUAAACAAGGAACCAAAACUGUAAGUGACAUUAAAAAAGAAGCAAGAAAAACUAGAAGAAAGCAUGAAACUUUAGCUGAUAUUGCUUCUGCAGUUACUACUCCAGAACAUGAACAAACUGUUGAGAAAAAUGAAAUUCCCAUGGAGAAGAAUGAUCUAAUAGAUAUUUUGUCUGGUGGAAGUGACAAUACUAAAAAUGAAGUUCCCAAGGUUAAGAUCCAUAGAAAACAUAAACAUAAGCACAAUAAAAAUUCAAGCCCUGAUCAUGAUAUAGAAAUGCCUCCAGAGGAUACCCCUGUUGAACAGAGUGCCUCCAAUGAAGAAGUUAGUCAGGAAGAGGAACCUAAUGAGAUAGUUGCUCAAGCAUUUAAUACAAAUAACACUCCAACCUAUUCUCAGACCAACACACAAUCUUUAGAUUCUGCUUACAACAGCUGUCCUAAUGAAAAUUCUGAAGAAGAGGUACAGAAAAAUUCUCAAGAAGAUGUAUUUAAAUCACCCAGAGGUGUAUGUGAGUCAGAGGAUCAUGCACAGAAUGAAGAUAAACCUAGUGUUAAAUUAGUCAUUACUAAAAAGAAAGGAUCAAUAUUCAAGAGCAAAUCUUUAGUCAAUGACAAUCCAUCACCACUGCCUGCAAGGAAAAGGCGUCAUCUGUAUCGUCAUGAAUGGGCCAAUGAUAAAGGCAAUGAGACUCCAAGGCCAGAACCAGUUGAAAAUGCAGAAGUGAAUAAUCAAGUGGGACAAGUAUCAGAAGAACUAACCAGAGUUACUAGAUACCGAGCCCCAGAUCCAAUAGUGGAUGAUCCAAUUGAAACUGUUAAACCAUACACUAGUGUCAAAUGCAGUAAAGAGGCUAAAGAGUUUUACACAGUUGUGAGAAAUGUGAAAAAGGCCCAUCAGAUCCAGGAAAUUGGAGAGUUCCAAGAAUUCAAUGAUGAUGUUGAAUAUCUCCUGGAUGCAUUGCAGAAUAACAACCCGAUAUCUACGCGUUGUCUGUCUGCGAUCACACUGGCGAGCAAGUGUACAGCGCCUGCGUUCCGUAUGCAUCUGCGCGCGCAUGGCACCGUGCAGAAGUUCUUCAGUGCACUACAUGAUGCUACUAAUGACCAGAGUUUGGGUCUGUGUACUGCAACAGUGAUGUUCGUGUUGUCUCAAGACCGUCUAAAUAUGGAUCUGGAUCGUGAAUCCCUUGAGCUCAUGCUCAACCUACUCGAAUCUGAUGCAUCACACAAAAAUGCGCUUGAUGACUGCGGUUUGACUUCAGCCCAGCUAACCAAAACCCAAGAAAGGGUUAGGGAGUUAUGUGCCGAAAUAAAAAGCCAAGGGAAAGCGCAACACUUGGAUUUAGAAAACAUUACUGUGGGUCAUCUGGCCAUGGAAACUUUACUUUCACUGACGUCAAAACGAGCUGGUGAAUGGUUUAAAGAAGAACUCCGUGUAUUGGGUGGUGUAGACCACAUCGUGCGAACUAUCCAGGACUGCGCAGCGAAACUUGACUCGCCCGUCGACAGCUGGACUAGCGCCGACGUUGAAAUACUAAGAAAAGCGGAUAGAUGUCUGCGAGUUUUAGAAAAUGUGACGCAAGCGAACGAGGACAACCAGGUGUACCUGUGCGGUAACGGCGGCGCGGCGGCGCGCAGUAUCUGCGGCGUGCUGCGCGCCUGGUGCGGCGCCGCCUACUCGCACGCCGCGCUGCGCGCCGCCCUGCUCGACGCCGCGCUGCCCGCGCUCAAAGUCUUGCUCAACCUCUCACAUAGCUUCGGCUCCGCCGUUUCACUUGGAGCUCAGGUGAUUGGGGAGCAGCAAUCAGUUAUGGAGACCUGUCUCAUCAUACUGUACAACCAAGGAAACUUUAUUCCUGACAACAGAAAUUUUGAAUUCAGUGUUUGUGUACUGUUGCUGUUAAUUAACUUAGUCCAGAACAACGAACCCAAUACACAGAGGUUGUUGAGCGUCCGUAUUCGUGUUGAUAACGAAGAGGACGUCAUAUCCAGGAGCAUUGGCGCCUUAGAUCUUAUUGUAGAUCUGUUCUAUAAACGGGAAGAACUGGCAAGGCGGGCUGAGGAAAAUACAGACGCUCUGCUAGAUGGCGAAAAGGAGCCGGAUGAUAAUAAUGAUAAGAAGAAGCAAUCUCAGGAUGACAUUGACGAAACUGUUGCGAAGUUGCUGGCCCGCGCGGGCGCGCACAUGGAGCACAGCAUGGUGGGCGCCUACAUGGCGCUGCUGCUGGGCCACGCCGCGUGCGCCGCGCCCGCGCACGCGCGCGCCCUGCGCCUCCGCGUGCCGCUCUACGCGCCGCUACUGCCCACGCUCAACAAGUACUACGCCUUCCUCUCGCUCACCGCCAGCGCUGAAGCAGCGAUAGUAGCGCACGUGAAGGCGACGCAUCGCAUCAUAAAGUUUAUGGAGGCCAGCGACAAGGAGGCCGCCGAGGCCGAGCAAGGCGCGCCCGCCGACGUGCCGCAGGACAUGUCGCUCAGCAACCUCAACUACUCCAUGCACUCCUCGUACUCCAGCUCUGACCGCCACUCCUCGUCCAUGGAGCUGGACGGCUACCACUGAGGCUGGCGGUUGCCCCGGCCAGUCUGUCGCCCAGGCCAGUCUGCCGCCCCGGUCAGUCUGUCGCCCUGGCCAGUCUGCCGCCUCGGCCAGUCUGUCGCCCGACGCCUCCCCCCAGGCUCCUGUGUCGCUGAGCGCCAGAUCGUUCCGACCGGUCCGACAGACACUAGCCAGCUUCUGCGUCGGUCCGGUCGUGGUAGAAACAGAAGCCUGAGGUCGCGUCGUUUCGUCUGCAGGUGUAAUCGUAAGUUUGGUUUAUAAAGCAAAUCGUUAGAGGUAGUGGGAAUGUUUUAAGAUACACGGAGAUUUAUUAUUGUUCUGUUGGCUGAUAGAGUUUAUGUAGGAUAUUGGAUAGUGUUGAAAAGCGUUGAUUUCGGCGUGCGAUUCCUAUUUGCUGAUGGGAAUAACACGUGGUUCUGUUAGUGCAUGCAUAUGUGUCUUAACAUAUAACUAAGCGUUUAGUAAUUCCGAAUCUUAAGUUGAUCCUUGUUGAAAGACUUGUAAAUACAAACCAAAACAACUAAGUAACCCUUGUAUAUUGUGAACAGCCUAUAUAGCAAUAGUAUAUGAUAUGCCAUUUGUAAAAGUGAAACCAAUAUAAUAGGUGGUGGACGUUUGUUUGCACGCGACUAUUAUAAGUACCUCUUCUCUUUGUAUCGAUACUUCUUCCUUCUCUUUGAUAUUGUAAAUAUAAAUCACAGACUGUUAAGAUGAUAGUUGUGUUGACGACAUAGAUAUGGGUUAUGAAGUCUUAAUUAAAUUGAGAUAUUCCGAGUUUAAGCCACUGAACUGGCAAUAUAAAAGUGCAAAAAUAGUCGAGUAAGUGUAUAAUAGAUAUGUAUUCUUUUAUGUGAAUAUUGUGUCUGCACUUUUUUGUAUUAUACUGCUCCGAGAGAGUUUACAAAUUAUUAGAGUAUUGUUCUAUCGAGGCACAAUUGUUUAUUGUAAAUAAAUUUUAGCUAGUACCAAUAGUUCGGUCUCUGUUGAGUAAAUUUAGAGUAGGAACAGUUGAUGGUGUCCGGAUAUGUUGAGAUGUAUAGACGCGGCUACGUCGCGCACGAUUCGCUGUCUCACGAGAUGGUGCAAAAUGUACAAACACUUACUUUGAUAGUCGCUCGCUAAUGAGAGAAUGACCUAUGCUUAGAUAAUAAAAUAUAGAACAAUUUAUGAUGUUGGAUUUUUAAACAGUUGUAGGAUUAGACAGCGUCUAAGAAUAUUGUUUCCUUUACAUAGACUUGUUUGCAAGACUCCAUUUUCACAACUCGACUGAUGUCCAUUAGGCAAAAUUUUAUUUUACGAAUGAAAUGUUAGAACUAAUAAAUAAGGCACAUGAAUUACUUAAUUUAUCUAAUAUUGCAUAUUAGAUGUUUUCUAAAGCAAGAAUUCGAAUAUGUCUGUAAUUUUUAUAUCGAGAUUGUUUUAUGUUUGUCACUAACUGCAGUGCACUGGAGAAACCUUAGUUCCAUCUCAUUAAGUUGGCAAGUAUAAUUCUGAAGAUAAUCAAGGUUUGGUGAUUGUUAAAAUGAGUCUUUGUUAUUCUCGUCCCAUCUAUUUCUAAGAAUUUGUUGUUAUUUGGCACAUUUCGUAUUUGGCUCUGUGGCACUAAACACGUUUGACGCUGUGUGAGUAACAAAAGUUCAUUCCUAAAAUUGUCAUGUUAGUUACACUCGUGUUUUGAUGCAUUUUGUGCUCACCCAAACGAUAAUAUCGUGGUGUUAGGGAACGUGAAUCGUUGUUAUAUGUGAUCACCGACUCGUGCGGUUACAUGGUUCGCAUCACUUCAUAGAUGUGAUUCUAAAAGCGGGAAUGUACAGAGUCACAUCUGAACCUCGCUACCGUGUGACGACAUUUUCUGACAGCUUUACUUUAUUUAUAAGACAUAUUUUUUUAAGUUGACGAUUAAGUGGGUGUUUAUAUUUUGUAACUGAUGUUGUUAACUCACUGGAUAUUGUUACACAGCUGGGAUAUACUAUUUAAAAGACCAUGGGUUUCCUUUUCGUUUACUAAUUGUACAGCUAUCAUUUUAUUGCCUAAAUUAUAUUUACGUAAUUUAUUGACAUAAUAUAUGUAUCUAUCGACUAAGCGUAGCUCUAAAGUGCAUUUCGUUGUGAAAUUUCAUCUUUUAUCACCUGUGUUUUAAAUGUGUUGUUUAAACUACCAUCACGAGAGUUUGAUAUCUUGAGAAAUUAUUAUUGUAUAUGUAAUGUGUAAUUAUGUUAUAAAGUAUUACGUGUAAUUAUUAAAAGAAGACAAUUUAAAUAACUGUUUAGUUUUA